AUGUCUCUGAACGAAGUCUGGGAGGCAGCCUCCGCAAGCCCUUACUCUCCCCUGAUAUCGAAAGAUCACCAGUUCUUCGUUGGGUUCAGUCUGCUGCUGAGUGCCUUGGUUUUCACUGGUCUUUUCGGUCUGAAUCGAUCCUUCUUGAGCAUCGCAACAUUCGGGGUUCCGGCGUCACUAGCAUUUGGAUUCGGUGCCGUAUACAUGAUCUGCGCUGUUGGUGUCUACACACGCCUUUACAAAGCCACCAGCCUCUUCCUAAUCAAUCUUUCCGUGCUCAUUGUUUUAUGCGUUUCUCCGGCUAUCUGUACAGACAAGAGUCCUAGGGCCAUGGAAACUACCGAGCCCAUUUUUUCAGCUGUCUCCAGCAACGCUCACCAGCUCUAUACCCUGCUGCAAUGCAUCGGAUUUGUUCCAAAGGCCACGGUGCAAAUUACUCCAGACGGAAUCCGGUUUUCGGCAGAGGAGACCAGGGUGAUACAGGGACUUGCCUUUCUCGACAAGGCGCUCUUCACCAGUUAUACCUUCAACCCUCCAAAGACCCCAAACAAUGAGGCCAAUGACGCAGACAAUCAUGACAACACCACAGACACCGCAUACUACCCAUGUUUCGUGGUCUCUCUGUCUGCCCUCUUGGAGACACUGAAAAUCUUUGGCAUUAAUGAGGCACCGUCUGGAAGCUUCAGCAGAGCAGCCAGCGUCCAACCGCCCAACCCUGCAGCCUCAAGCGCAUUUACAUCCCCUGCACUCCUCCUCGCCCGUUCCUGCACAAUACAGUACACUCACGAAGGCGCUCCGCUGAGCAUCACCCUCUCCGAAACAGGGGUCAAAACGACCUGCGAUCUGACAACUUACGAACCCGAAGACACCGACACCGACAUCCCUUUCCAGCGCGAUGGCAUAGUAAUGAAAAUCAUCAUGCGUUCGGCAUGGCUACACAACGCCAUCACGGAGCUCGGCGCAACCAAUCCCACUGUCCUCAAGCUCUCGGCCUCGGCGACACGAGAGCCAUUUUUCGCUUUGUCAGGCUCCGGUGGCCCCCUCAGCGAAUCGACGGUUGAAUUCUCUAUUGAACGGCAGAACCAAAACAAUGGCCCGUCCCAAACCCAUAAGGUACUCACCGAUGAUGGCUCGCGAGCGCGGGCGAAGAGGGCUAAACUCGCACCUACCGUCACUGAAACCUUUCUCGUCAGCCCUCCAUCUUCUAUGGGCACUCGCAUCAACCAGAAUUAUCGUUUCUCCAUGAUACAAAAGGCGGCUCGUGCUAUGGCAGUAGCCAAUAAAGUGAGCAUUAGGGGGGAUAGACAAGGCGUUCUUAGUCUUCAGUUCAUGAUUGAGUUCGACAACAAUGGACAUGGUGGCGCACCUGGUGGCAUGCGGUCUUCGGGAGCAAGUACCGGGGGCACUGUGACUUUCGUGGACUUCCGUUUUGUACCAUUACUUGACGACGAUGAUGUUGAUCUAGAAAUGGAUUAG